AUGAUAUUCUCUCGCACUCUCUCUCUCUCUCUCUCUCUCUCUCUCUCUCUCUCUCUCUCUAUCUAUCUAUCUAUCUCCUUCUCUCUCUCCCUCUCUCUAUAUCUCUCUCUCCCUCCCUCUCUCUCUCUCUUUACAUAUAUAUAUAUAUAUACGCAUAGAGAAAAAGGAUUCCUACACACAUAUGUUCUCUCUCUCCCUCUCCCUCUCCCCUCUCUCUCUAUCUCUAUCUCUCUCCCUCUCUCUCUCCUCUCUAUAGCUUUCUCCCUCUCUCUUUACAUAUAUAUAUAUAUAUAUAUAUAUAUAUAUUUUUUAUACAUUAUCGUUGUGCUUUCAUUUCCAUUUUUUUCUGUUUUCUUUUCUUUUUCUUUUGUUUUCUUUUUUCUUUUCUUCUUAGUUUUUAUUUUCCUUCUGCUUUCUUACUUUUUUUUUAAUUCUUUUCUUUUUUUUUUCUUAGUUUUCUUUUACUUUCUUUUUCUUCUUUUUUUCUUUUACUUUCUUUUUCUUCUUUUUUUCUUUUACUUUCUUUUUCGUUUACUUUUUUCUUUUUUUUUCUUCUUUUUUCUUUUACUUUCUCGUUUUCUUUUUCCUCUUUUUCUUUUACUUUCUUUUUCGUUUUCUUCUUUUUCUUCUUUUUUCUUUUACUUUCUCGUUUUCUUUUUCCCUCUUUUUCUUUUACUUUCUUUUUCGUUUACUUUUUCUUUUUUUCUUUUUUUUUUCUUUUACUUUCUUUUUCGUUUACUUUUUUCUUUCUUUUUCUUCUUUUUUCUUUUACUUUCUUUUUCGUUUACUUUUUUUCUUUCUUUUCCUUCUUUUUUUCUUUUCAUUUUUCUUUUCUUUUUUUUUUUUACUUUUUUUCUUUUUUUCUUUUUUCUUUUCUUUCUUUUUCUUUUUACUUUUUUCUUUUUUUCUUUUCCUCUUUUUCUUUUAUUUCGUUUUUCUUUUUCUUUUACUUUCUUUUUCGUUUUACUUUUUUCUUUUCUUUUUUUCUUUUUUUUCUUUUUACUUUUUUUUUUUCUUUUCUUUUUCUUUCUUUUUCUUUUUUACUUUUCUUUUUUCUUUUCUUUUUUUUCUUCUUUUUUCUUUUACUUUCUUUUUCGUUUUCUUUAA